AUGGAGAGGACAAUAACAGAUCUCAAAGCUAGGGAGGAACUACGACAGGUCCCCCGAGGAUUUGCUCUUUACCUUCCCCCUCCGUUGCGACGUCACAGCUCGAGAGCCGGCGUCGGCUCUGUACAACCUGUGACCCGAACAACGUCGCUGUCGCUGAUAACCACUCGAUUAGACCUCGCACUCAAGAAAACCACAAAGGAGAAGCGGAGGCAAGGACGACCCAGAGUUUCGCUACCACAGCAAGGUUUAGGUGUGCCUUCUGCCGCUAGAGGACGGCGGCCCCGAGGAACCCCACACGCUAGUAGUUCGCAACCUUCUGCGCAACGCAGGCAUGGAAAGGAUCGGCACGGUCAAACACCAGGUCCCCGAAAUCCGUUGACACCUCUAGUCGAAUCUUCAUCUUCGGCGAAGGCUUGGUGGUUAGACGUAGCGAAUCCGGAUUGGGAGGAUAUCAGAGCCAUAGGACGACUUCUUCACCUACAUCCUCUAACUCUCGAAGAUAUAUUCCAACAAGAGCCCCGAGAGAAGUUAGAGUUCUUUUCUAGGCUUGGAUACUACUUCCUUGUCUUCCGAGCUAUUGAAAGUCAAGCCACACAGGAGAAGAUACAGCGAGCAGAUCUACAUCAUGGACAGAGCGGAGGAAUCGUGGGAGAAGCGAUUGUAUACCUUGUGGUGUUUGAAGAGGGUAUAUGCACUUUCCAUUUCGCCGACGCAUCAGAGCACAUCAAUAGAGUCAUUAAUCGGAUCCUUCUCCUUGAAGAGGUAACCAACAUGUCUUCCGAUUGGAUCGCUCAUGGGAUGCUGGACUCAGUAGUAGACUCUUUCUUUCCUGUCCUAGAGAAAGUGGAGCAGGAAGUGAGUGAGAUUGAGAAGCUCGUAUUCUUCCCCCAAGAGGCCACGGGGCCGCCGACUGUUACUCCUCCGUCUUCUCAGCCUCCUUCUACCGUAGGGAGCGAAGAUGAGAAAUUCAGCAAGGCAUCCAGCGAAACGCCUCUCCCGAUACUAGAGGUUACUCGGCCAACUCAGAUACGAUUUUCUCUUCGGUUGAAUCCACGGUUGAUGUAUCGACGUUUGAAACGAUUCAUCCGUGCACGAUGGUCCGCUGCGAAGGAGGAUGACAUGGCUGCUCAGACGUAUCAGAAGCCUUCGCCACUUCAGCGUAUGGCUAGGACACGGAGACUGGUGACCACCCUCACGAGGUUGUUGGGCUCGAAGUCGGAGGUAGUUUCGCAGAUGAGAAAGCGAUUGCUUAAUGGCUCUGGGACGGGGAUUGAGAAGGGUGACGACGAUGUUGCCAUUUAUAUUGGUGAUGUGCAAGAUCAUAUCCUCUCGCUGCAGCACUCGCUUGCUCACUACGAGCGCAUGCUUAGCCAAUCCCACCCCGCCUACCUCGUCCAACUGCGCACUAAUCUUGCAAGGGCGCGGUCUGGCAGCGAUGCUGCCAUCUUUUAUCUUACGAUCGUCACUAUUGGGGUAUUGUGUCUUCAGGUUCUCUUUGGUGCAUUCUCACUGAACGUAGAGGUUCCGGGCAACGUUCGGAACCCAGAAGAGCCCUUUACGGUCUUCGGGGAAAUGAUUGCGGUUUCGGUGGUCAUCAUCUGCGCUUACCUUGCCAACGUCCGUCGGUGGUAUAUUCGUGCUAAGAAGCGCCGUACGGUCCUUUAA